AACAGGUUUGUCCCACACUCGCUGAUGUCACUGAAUGCAUCUAACCUUCUCUUCCUCUGUAGCUGCAAUGGCUAACAUCUGUAAGAGACCAGACCCGAGACGGCGCUUGAGAACCUACGGAAUCGUUGUCAUGUUGUUUACGGACCUGGUUUUACAAUGUGUUAACGGGUAUCUGAGUUCUCCUCAUAUUGGUCAGGAGCCUCCCUUUAUCACAGACGCACAGCACGGCCCUGUCAUCACCAGCCCAGUGGUCCCUGCUGCAGCCUCAGGUACACCGUUUUCAAAGUCUGCAUCAUUUCAUACUGCAGUGUUUUCCUUUCCCCAACCUCAUGAGGGGUCAUGGGGUGGAUCCUAUCCCACUAUUCACUGGAGAAAAGGCUUCCUCUGCAUGGGAGAGUCAGGAGAACAGCAAACCAACUUCUCUCUUUCAAUCACCUGUCAGUUCUGCUGGCAACUGGACCCAUCCCAGUACCGAUGCUCAAACUCCGCCAACUGUAUGACAGUGUCCUGCCCACGCAAACGCUACAACGCCACCUGUGAUGUACUAGACCAUGUGCAUUGUUUAGGUAAAAGACGUUUUCAGAAGCGUUUGUUUUGCAACUGGACUGGAGGAUACAAAUGGUCAACAGCAUUUGCACUCAGCAUCACUCUAGGUGGUUUUGGAGCAGAUCGGUUUUAUCUGGGCCAGUGGAGAGAGGGUCUGGGCAAACUGUUCAGCUUUGGAGGCCUGGGCAUCUGGACUUUGAUAGAUGUCCUUCUGAUUGGGGUGGGCUAUGUGGGACCUGCUGACGGGUCUCUCUACAUCUGAAACCAUGCUCUGGAGACUUGUCGGUGCACUCAUCCAUGCCUUUGAGCUUCACUCUUUAAAAAAAAAAAAAAAAAAAGGAUCUGAGAUGGUGUCUUCUUAGCACAUUUUCCUGCCCAGGCUGGCCGUGGAACACUUCCCC